AUCGCCCCGCUCGGAAAUCCCGGAGCUCUGAGACGCUCCCGAGCUUCUUCCUAGGAUUUUUUCUUCCUUUGUUCCUGCUCAAAGGGCGUUUUCACGCAAUGCAGAAGCUAGGGUUUUCGGGCGUGAAGAGCUUAGAUAAGCUCAGAUCCAUCACCGGAUCUGUUCAAGGAUCAUCCAAGAGCUUUCCGGCCCCACCGCGAUCUUCGGAUUCGAUCUCCUAUGGAAGUUUCACGAAUCUGAAGCUCACCGCAGAGAAGCUGGUUAAAGAACAGGCUUCUGUGAAAACUGAUCUUGAAAUGGCGCAUUCAAAACUGAAGAAAUCAGCUGAGAAUAUUCGUGCCCUGGAGUUGAAAUUGCAGGAAACGAGUAAUGAAAAUGCAAAGCUCAAAGUGAAGCAGAAAGAGGAUGUGAAGCUCUGGAAAGGAUUAGAUUCAAAACUAUCUUCGACGAAGACUUUUUGUGACCAGUUGACUGAAACUCUGCAGCACUUGGCUGGUCAGGUUCGAGAAGCUGAGGAAGACAAAAAGUUUUUUGAGGAGAAGUUAUCUACGAGUUCGAAAGCAUUUGAUGAUUUUCAGCUUCAAAUGAAUGCCCUUUCUUCAAAACUAGAGUCCGCCGAGAAAGAUAUCAGAAACAGGAAACAGGAGCUGACGGAACUUGCACAUGAGAAAGGGCAACUGGAAAAAAGAAUUGGGGAUGAGCGCUGUGUGGCUCAUGAUCUCAUAAUGGAAAAAGACUCUAUUAUCAAACAAUUAGAAGCCACUGUUGAAGAAGAUAAGUCAGGCUUGCAAAUUCUUAAUUCCAAGUUACAAGAGGCACAUUUUGAGUUAAGCUCAAAAGAAGACAUCUGCAAAUGCUUGAAAGCCACUCAGGAAAGUUUGGAGAAAGAAAAGAUUGCUCUUCAGUCUAGCAAUGAAGAUUUUGCACAAAAACUACUCAAAUCUGGUCAAGAGACAAAGAGUCUUGAAGAUGCCAUUAAUGACUUGGCGGCAAAAAUAGUUGAAUUGGAUAAACAUAGUGUGACUGCUUCGAAGAAUGUGCUUCAGUUGACUUCUACGUAUGACACUUGCUACAAGUUGGUUCAGCAAGAGAAGGACCUUGCUGCAAAGCAUGCUCAACAAAAGCUUGACAUACUUCAUGAACGAUUUCUGCAUGUUGCAUCAGAAAAUAAUAGCUUCCGAGCAGAAAUUGAAGAACUAAAGAAUAAGGUUUCUGAGCUGCAGAAGGUCCAUGAAAUUAUGAUGGUGCAACAUGCUGAGGAAUGCUGUCUAGCAGAAGAGAAAAUCCAGAGGUUGGAAUCUGAAGCAGAGAAUCUUGUUUCAAUAAAGAGCGAGUUAGAGAUGUUGGUUACUAAGUUGGAGGAGAAAGUUAAACUUAUGUCAGAAGCCUCAAGCCUAACUACUAAUCAAAUGCAAGAUUUGUUGCUGAAAAUUUCAACAUUAGAAUCUGAGAAUCAAGAUAUGCAAGAGAAGGUUCAAGUGACACUAGAAGGGAAAGCGGAGCAGAUCGAAGCUCUUGAAAAAGAGAUUGCAACACGAGACGAACAUGUUGGUUCUCUGGAGAACCAAGUCAUCCAGCUGCAUGAAAUUUUAGAUGAGAAGGAACGUCUCCAUAUGCAAUUUGAGGAGAAACAGAAGCUGUUGGAGGAGCAAAGAGCAGAGAUUCAGGCAUCACUUGCCAUGGCUGAAAACACACUAAUAGAAGCAAGGAAACAAUACGAUUUGAUGCUAGAAGGAAAGCAGUUGGAGUUAACGAAACAUUUAAAGGAAAUUUCUCAGCGGAAUGAUCAGGCAAUUAAUGACAUAAGACGGAAGUAUGAGGUGGAGAAGCUAGAGAUUGUUAAUACUGAGAAAGAAAAGGCUGACAAGCUUAUCGGGGAAAUGGAAAGAAAAUAUGAUGAAAAAAUUGCAGAAAAUAAAGAAGAAGCAUGUCGAUUCUUAUCGUGUGUUCAGGAGGAACAUGGUGCAUUGAUUAACCGGAUCCAACAGGAAAAUGAAAAGAAGGAAUCAAAUCUUAGGGUGCACCACAGUGAAGAGCUACAACGUGUCCAUCUACAAGCUGAAAAUGAAUUGAGGGAGAAAACUACAUUGCUGAAGAAAGAACACGAAGUUCAAAUGAAAGCUUUUAGGCAUCAACACGAAGAUGAAUGUAGAAAACUACAGGAUGAGCUGGAACUCCAGAAGUCAAAGGAAGAAAAACAGAGAGCACUGUUACAGCUGCAGUGGAAAGUAAUGGGUGAUAGUCAACAUGAGGAUCUAGAAGUGAACUCAAAGAAGGAAUACUCUAUUUCAUCGAUCAAGAUGAAGGAUGCUGAUGCUGGAAAAGGAGAUCAGCUUGCUUUGAUAAGGCCAGAAAAUGUGAAGAAGAACAUUAACUUCCCUGGAACAAUGCGCACACCUAUGGCAAACUUAUUGAAGAAAGUAGAUAAAGGGAACACGGGAAGCCAAAUUGACAUUCCUAAGCAUAGUAAGAAGGUGACACGUCAUGAAUAUGAAGUUGAAACCUCCAAUGGCAGAACGAUUACGAAGCGUAGAAAAACAAAGAGUACUGUCAUGUUUGGGGAUCCAGCUAUGCACAAGCCAAUAAAUGCAAAGGACUCGAAGAAUGGCAAACACAUCAAGAAAGUACAAAAGGUGGUCAAAGGAGCUCGGCCGUGCCCUACAAAUAUCCAUGAAUUGUUUACAGAGGGCUCUUUGGAUCCUUAUGCUGAUGAUCCUUAUGCAUUUGAUUAGAGUAUGUCGAAACUGUUUCAGAGAAAGGCCUCUAAAUUUUCCAGGGAGGAUGGGAAGUUUACGGCACUGGAGUUGAGUCAGAGUAAUAACAACUCGACAGAGGAAAUUACCUUCUUCAAUGUCCUGACAAAAUAUAAUAUAACCACAUUGUUUCCGACUCUUUAAAUUCCGUAUGCAUUCUAUGACAUGUAAAUAGUACUAUAGGACUUAACGGACUGGGAUGAUCGCGGAGGUAUACAACUUGUAAGUUGUAUGGUGGUUGAUUGCAUACACCAUGCAUCAGGUGCACACACAUAAGCUUCUGCACACUCACAGUUCAGUCAUGCGUGCAUGUGGUUCACACAAUUUCAUGCCCAAUCGCACAAGCUUUAGAUGAAGUACAAUCAUUCCCAAUUACACUAGCUUUAUAUGAAGUACAAAGCGCUUUUGGUCA